CUUGGCUACUGAUCAACUCUUACAUUUGGCCACUCCGGGAGGAGAACUGCAGUGGGCCUGACUUGUUUCUCAAGCAGCUGGUAGAUGUCAGCAAUGGGGCUGCUGGGGAAGGUGUACCUUGCAAGGCUGUUGGCACCCAUGGCAACGGGUAACAACAGCGGCUGCAGGAGAUGAGAGAAGAUGGACACCUUCAGCACCAAGAACUUGGUUCUGCAAGCUCAGAAAAAGCUCCUGAGCAAGAUGGCCUCAAAGACCAUGGCGAACAUCUUCAUUGAUGACACCAGCAGCGAGGUUCUGGACGAGCUGUACCGGGUCACCAAGGAGUUCACCCACAACCGCAAGGAGGCCCAGAAGAUCAUCAAGAACCUGAUUAAGAUCGUCAUGAAGCUAGGGGUACUAUACCGCAAUCGGCAGUUCACCGCCGAUGAGCUGCGGCUGAUGGAGCACUUCCGCAAGAAAGUGCACACCCUGGCCAUGACCGCUGUCAGCUUCUACCAGAUAGACUUCACCUUCGACCGCAGGGUCAUGUCCAGCGUGCUGAACGAGUGCCGGGACCUGCUCCACCAGGCCGUCAACACCCACCUGACGGCCAAGUCCCACUCCAGGAUCAAUCACGUCUUCAGCCACUUUGCGGACUAUGAGUUCCUGUCGGCGUUGUAUGGACCUUCUGAACCUUACCGCACCCACCUGCAGAGGAUCUGUGAAGGGGUCAGCAAAAUGCUGGAUGAGGACAACAUAUGAACCAGAAAAGACAAGGCCUGAAAGCAAAUGUUUGGCUCUUUGCCUGACUCUCCAGGCUGCAUUCUGGUAUCCAUGAAUUCAACAGCAAGACGUCUGUUUUCAGUGGGGUCAGGCCUUCUCGCUCGCUCUUCCUCCACGGUGCUGAACGUCUUGCUCUUCCCUUUUUUUUUUUUUUUUUUUUUUCCCUCAUGAAAACCAAGAACCCUUCACUUUCUCUCUAAGAGGUUGCAAUUUGCUCUUUGUCUUGGUAGCCGGAAUCUCUUCACCUCACUCUAGCUCCCUAAUGAAAUUAAAAUGACAAAGCAGCUUCUGUCUCUAUCCUACUGGGACACAACCACACCAAAGGCGGGGUUGUCUGUAUGAGUGAGACUGGAGAAAAUGCUCUUUUUUUUGCACUGGCUUGAGAUCUCCGCUUUGGAACGCAAUCCAGUGUCUAUAACCCAUCAGAGGCCAAGCCCUGCAGCCCCUACCUCCAGCUCUCUGUUUAAAGGUCCUUGGUCUCACUGUAUAUAUUUUUAUUCACCAAGUGCUCUUAAACCCACAAUUCAGAGUCCAAGGAGUCCUGCUGUAGCAAAAUCUCUCUCACUUCUAAAUCUAUUUUCAUUCUGGUGAGGGGGGAAACCCACUACGUCUUGUGCGUAGCUUGGUUAAGAUUAAUUCAAGCAGAAAGCAUGGAGGAGUGGUUCAGGUGUCCUGCCACUGCCUGAAGUUCAAACCAUGCUGGCUAGGUUUAAACACAGUUUCUCUAGGCAGCGUAGAAAAGGAUGAACCAUGUUCUAAAAUGCUUUACAAAGCCAUGCUAUGGCCUAGCACCCGUGGGCCAGGGAAAGUGUAUUAGCACCUUGCAAGCAAGAAUCGGGUUGUGGUGUUUACCUCACUGUUGUUGCCGGGGAGGCCAAGAUCUGGGUAGUGGGAGGAUCUCACAUAGGGAUGGACCCUGCUUGGAUGGAUCACCCCACAAGUAGAGCCCUGCACAGAUACAAAAUUGGUAUCCAUAUCAACAAAUAUGGUCUGUGGAUAUAAACUGGAUAUCUGCAGAUUUGCAGGGCUCUACCCACAGGGUCCCAGGAUGGGGAGGGACCACUGAAUGGGAGAGAGGCUGCAAUGAGGGUGGUCAGGUUCAGACACUCUUGUGGUUUGAAGCUUAACACAGCUCAGGCCUAAACUACGGGCUGGAGCAAGAAGUGGUCAUGCUCCAGGUACCACUCGCCCCUCCUGACUGUUGCCCAGUGGGUACUUUGGGCCAGUUACAGAGGCAGCCUCCCCCUUCUGACUGAGAAUGGUGAAGCAUUAUUUUCCAUCCAUGUUCCUUUCCCAUAGGGGAAAAGAGGAGACUGUGUAUUUUCAAACCAAAUAGCAAAUGUGCACUUUCCUCCUUCUCCUCUGAAAUCCAAGCUGAAUUUCUCUGUCAUCAGCCUCUUCAGCUGAUUAUAUCAAUGUAAUUGUUUAGAUUUGGUCCUCUGGGUCUUUCCCUAGUAUGUUGUAGGUUGGAAACAACGUCUUAGAUUCCAAUAAAUUUAAAAAAAAAAAACAAGCAAACCCUGUAGCCCUGGUGAAUGAAUGAAUAAAUAAAGUUAGUUGCAUCUUCCACCUGAGCACAGUACAGGGUUUAGUUACCAAUUCUGUAAGUAACCAGGGUGCAUUGCUGGCAGAUCCUCACAUUGUUUUUGCUUUUGCAGCAAAAGUACUAGCCUAAGAUCUCUCCUUUGCCUUUCUGGAACCAGGAAAGGGGAGAUGCAGAACUGUGUUGCUGCACCUAGAGGUACAAAGCCUGAGGGCUGCUGGCGCAUCCAGAGAUGCUACCCACGUUCAUGUGAGUGAAGGGCAUUUAACCCCAUGCAGGGGGGGUCUCUGGGGAGCAGGAGCUCAGAUUAGGCACUUGUCACCUCUGACAGCCCCCACUGUUUAAAAUGUGUCCGACUCUGAACCACAGCCCUGCUUACUAAUCCCAAUCUUUUACCUAGCACGUUUCAUCUGUGGAUCUAAGUGCUUUACAAAAGACACCAGUAACAUUGUUUCUAUUUUAUGGAUAGGGAAACUGAGACACAGAAUUGGGAGGUGAAUUGUCCAAGGUCACGAACAGAGCAGGAAACAGAACCCAGCUCUCCUGUCACAGGCAAGUGCUCUGUUCACUAAGCCACACUGUUUCCAGUUAAGGACUGUGGUGCCCCAGCCCUUAACUGUCCACUUUUGUCCACAGAGCAGGUAUAAGGUGGGCAGUGGCUGGGCAAGCUUCCCACUUCCUCCCUCCACCUCAACCCUGAUUGGGAGGGGCUGUGUCUAGAGGGUGAGAAGGUAGUUGGGUCUUCACCCUCUGCUAACUUGGUGCCAGGAGGAGUCAAUUGUGGUCAUAACCUGUUUAGUGGGAAUUAGCCCUGAGACCAGUUUGCUGGGCAUAAGCCAUUGCAUCACCAUCAGUCAGGUGAUUCCAUAAUCUCAUUUGCCAGCCACUGGAGUCAUCCAGCCACCCUUCUUGUAAAUAAAGUUGGACGGCUUUACUGUACUGCCACCCUUCAAGGAGGGGCCAGGCUUCACAUGCAAAUGAGAACAUUUGAGCUGGGGGGCUGCAGGUGUUCGUUCCCCCUUGGCACACAAACCCAAGUGCUGUGUUCUGCAGCGGCAUUACCAGAGUUCCGUGGCCAUGCCCCAGAUAAAGCCACUGUUUGGCUUCUCACCCUUUUAAGAAUGAACUAAAGGCAGGGUGUGAAAGAGAGCGCAGUCUGAACCGGAUGCCACCAUCCAGGGCCUGUCUUCCGCACUCUGAUCUCUGUAUUGUGCUUUAAAAAUGGUCCUUUAAGAAUAGCAGCUGCUUCACAAAGGCAGCCUUGACUUAUCUCGGUGACCUCCUUGUGCAUCCUAUUCCAAGGGAUGUCUCCAGGCGCAGCAGCUCCAGCCUUCAGGAGCUUGCUAAUGCUAACCCUGGAGAUUUACAGUACUGAGCUUCUCUGCCCCUCUGAUACACAGCUCCUUUUCUGCUACUGGGUCGUGGCACUCAUAAAUUUCAGGCUUUUAAAAUUGCAAAGCCCCAGCCUCCUGUGUUUAAUUUGGCUUAUUCUGAAUUAUGGCAGCUAAUUUAAUUGUGCAAAGCAGCUGGGGAUACAGGGGAAAAGCAUGGCUACAGGUGCAUGAAUAUAAGAGAGCCCAGCGGCAUGCUGUGUACAGCAGCUCUUCACCUCUGGGGCUCGCAGUUGUAAAAGUUUGCAAGCAGAGGUUUAAUCUCUAUUGCUUUACCAUCCCGUGCCUGUCAAUCUGUGCUUACGAGAAGUCCAGGCCUGGAACAGCCUAUCAGUAGCCAGCUGGCGCAUUGGCAGAUGUGCAGAGAGAAACCGAAGCGGAACCUGUCUGAUUGAUGCGACAGCAAAGGGCUGGAACACUGACAGAAAAAUGCUUUACUGCUCUAUUCUCAGCACCAUUUAUGAGAUUAUGUGGAACAUCUCUGUAGGGAAAAGUUCUCUGGACCCAGCAAGAGUCUUCAAUCAUGAGUCACUGGUACGACAGUUCAUGAUGUAACAUACCUCAGAACUCACCAGGAACGUGUCUAUAUAGCAACUAUACAAGGAGGGUCCCUCAGAGAUAGGCCUUGCUGGAACUUCCCUUUUUCCCCUCCACUUGACCUCCCCAAAACCUUCUCCUUUCUGUCUGUACGAGAGCUACGAGUUCUCAGCAUCUCCGGAAAUCAGGUAGGCUUCUAAAAACGUCAGCAGAGGAGCAACAGACUUCCAAAGAACACGUGGACUCUACAGAACAUAGGUUAACCAGUCCCUAACUACUGUCCAACACACAAGUGACCCAGCAACAGCUACUGGGAGAAUGGGACAAACUCAUAGAUCGAGUGUUGUCUUUGCACCAUGGCUGGGGACUACAACAGAUAUGUCUGAUACAGCUUCUUGCAGGAGGAUGGAUUCAAUGUUGCAAUAGACCCUUUGCAUCCCUAACUUCUAGGUUCCUCAGGCAUAGACCAUGGGUUAGGUCUCUGAAGUGGCCUGUGUCUUAUGACAUGUCAGUCUCCCAACCCAGGAGACCCAGUAGGAGGAUUUGCAGGUUUCUGCUGCUUGGAUGUCAAACUGAACAGCAAAGGUUAUUCCACAUGCCGGGCUCCCAAUCGUAGAGAUGGUAAGAAGCUGGAACAGCAAGAGUGACCAAUCUAAGCGAACUUGGAGACAAGAUGCUUUAUUUUAUUUUUUUUAUAUACAUAUGAAGGGAAUUCUGGAUUCCUUCAGUUAUUAGACUAAAUAAGAAAAUCACUUCAGUAUAUAUGAAAAUAGUCCCAGAUCUCUAUUGAAUAAUGGAUGCCUCAUUGGAUGGAUUUCUGUGUGGUAUCAGAAUAAACCAGGCCCAUGUGGACCCCACAGCUCUGCUUUUCUUAUGCCAAGGUGCCAAAUUCUGAUCUGGGCAACAGGGCAGUGUUUCCUCUUCAGCUCACCAAAUGCUGUUCGUUGGUGAUCAGCCACCAGAUAGGACAGUGAAUGGGUUUGGCCGGUUCCGUA